AAUUUAACUUUAAGGGUUUCUAUGCCGCCCAGAAGACAAUAUUUAUGGUUUUUAUUUUUUCCAGAUUUCUACAUAACAAAAUUUCUUAUAGAUAUUGAAUUUGUACGCUUCAAAGUGCGCGAUAUAGAUUCUGAAACUGUUCUUUUUGAGAUAAACAAACCUGACGAAAACGAUUCGGCCACAGAAGACGAUACAAAUUCACAAGAACAAGCAACAGAAAAUUCUAAUGGAGGGGAGGAAGAAGCAACAGACAACCAUGAUGAUGAAAAGACGUUUACUCCCCGUUUUAUUCGUUAUUAUUUUAAGCCGUCGUUUUUACGACUUCGUCACAUUGGAGCAACUAUGGAAUUUGUGGUAGGCGAUAAACCUGUCAGCAAUUUUAGAAUGAUUGAACGCCACUAUUUUCGGGAUCGACUACUAAAAAGCUUUGAUUUUGAUUUUGGUUUUAUCAUUCCAAAUUCACGCAAUUCAUGUGAGCAUAUUUACCACAUGCCGAGAUUAAGCGAUUCUUUGAUCGAGGAAAUGCUUAAUAAUCCUUUUGAAACAAAAUCUGACAGCUUCUACUUUGUCGACAACAGACUAAUCAUGCACAAUAAGGCGGAUUAUUGCUACGCUGAUUAA